CUUGAAGACAGGCCUGCCCUCCUUUUCCAUAUACAUACGGAUGAAACAGGAGGAGAGACCGAUGUUUCAGUGAAGAACUGCAGCAGAAAGAGAAAGCAUCUAGCAACAACGAACAAGUGAACAGAGGAGAAGAGGAGCAGGGAGAGAAAGGGGGAGCGAAAGAGCUGAAGCGACGGAGUGUGUGUAUGAGAGAGAGAGAGAGAGAGAGAGAGAGAGAGAGAGAGACAGAGGAUAGGAUAGGAUAGGAUAGGAGGAGACUGGGGAAACGGUCAGAGAGAGGUAAUGAGCACCGAGCUGCAGGAGUAUUAGCUGUCAGCCUCCUGAGCUGCAGAUCUCAUUAAAGGAUGAAGCGACCACUAAGGCACAGUGUGUGUGGAGCCUAAGGUUCCCUCUGAGAUCCUUCACGUGUAUAGACGGCUCUGAUCCCCUGCCAAUCCCCCCUCCCACGUUACUACGACAACCAUGGACUGCGGACUGCGUCUGCCUCCUGUCAUCGAGGAGGUCAUGGACACUGCAGAUGAUCUGUGUGAGCUGAAAGCCGAGCUCCCAGGUUUAGGCCAUGGACUAACAGAUAAAGAGCGUGAAUCACUGGAUGACAAUGAAGAGAAGGAGGAGAAGGAGGUGGAAGUGGGGAAUGGAGAGAAAGGCCUGAAGGAAGAAAAGGAAGGGAAGGAGGAAAAAGAUGAUGAUGGAGAAAGAGAUGAGAAGAGAGAAGUAGAAGAGGAGGAAGAACUAGAGGAGCUGAGAUCGCAGGUGGUUCAGCUGAUGUUGGAGCUGGAAGAAGCAAGGGAGGUGUCUCAGAGGCAUGAGGAGAGCUACAACGAGCUGCAGGGGCUUUUGGAGGAUGAGCGCUUAGCCAGUACCAAUCAGGCUGAGAGCUUCACAAGACAGAUCCAAAGGCUUCAAGCCCAGCUGCGCUCUGUUCAGGAGGAGUUGGACAGUCUGGAGGAGGAAAAGGCCAGUGAGCUAUGGGAAGCUCAGGAGGAGCUGCGAGUGGCACAGGAGGAGGUCCAGGAGCUGCAGCAGGCGGCUGAGGAGGCCGCAGCUGAGCGGGAGAAUGACAUCGCUCUCCUGCAGGAGGAGCUGUGCAGGCUGCGGGCAGAGCUGCAGAGACUUCACAACACUACGCAGGAGUAUGAGUUAGAGCUGACUACACUGCGUGCCGAGAUAAGCAUGAAGAGUCAGCGCAGAGAACAGCAGGAGCAAACAGGCACAGAGGGAGAGGUAGGCCAGCUGAAGGAUAAAUGUCACUCCUUGAUGGAUGAGUGUCAGACUCUGAGAAACGACAACCAGCAUCUUGCUGAGAAGCUGCAGCUGCUGGAACAGCAAAGAGACAGAGAAGAGCAGGACAAGCAGAAGGUGGACAAAGAGCAAGCAGUGAAGGCCGAAGUCUACAUGAGCAUAUUACAGACGGAACAGAUGACUCAUCAAGUGCACUCCUGUCUCCAGAAGAACUUGAGUGAGGACAAAGCUGUAAAUCCUGAGCAGAGGAGUGAGGAGCUUUCUGAGGUGUUCACUCUCCGAGACCAGCUAAAACAGGCUGAAGAAAGAGCAUCCCAGGUCCAGAGAGAGUGUGAAGUGUUAAAAGGAGAACUUCUCCAGCUGCAAGGACUUUACGAGAGCAGUCAGAAGGAAAGAACCGAGCUGGAGGCAGAGCUACACCGCUGUAGGGCGGAGCUUGAUAGGCUGGCAGGAAGGAAGGCCCAGAACUCCUGUCCUCCAUCUGAGUCCCCUGUUCUCUCCAUACCCUUCAUAGGAAUGGUUGUAAUAAUGGCGCUGAUAUGGUGCUGCUGGAAGGAGCUCUUGUCCUAAAGAGGGAAAGGAGCGAGAGGGAGACUGGAACCUCGUUAUGCUGGUUGCCGUGGCAGCAGCAGCCGUUUUGCUCAUACCCAGUUUGACCCGAGUGUUUGCUUGAGUCUGGACAGGAAGUGACCUCGAUCAGGUCAACGUCUCAUAUCCACAUGACAUGCUUGCUUACCUUCUCUGUGGUACACAUUCACAGAUGCACACACACACACACACGCGCACACGCACACGCACACACACACACACACACACACACACACACACACACACACACACACACACACACACACACACACACACACACACACACACACUGCCAGAACAGUCCUUAAGGUACUUCUGCUAAAACAUACUCUAUAGUCUCAGUGGAGAAAAAAACACCACAUUCACAAAGGCUGCUUUUGGUUCUUGCUUCUGGUUGUGUGCAAUUUCACCCUCAGACACAUCCAUCAAACAUCUUUCUCGCAUUAGACACCGUCUCUGGCUUUAGACACGCUGCUUAUAAGAUGUGCAGUGACAGCAUGUGAUACGUAAUCCUGAAAUUCUUCCAGUCGUCUGUCAUCUUUCAAAUUUCGGCUAGAUUUUUUAUGUUUAGCUAGAUUUAACACCAGAGCGAGUAUCAGUCCUAAAGCAUGCGUACGACAGUUUAACCAGCACCGAUGUUCAAUAUAAAUGUUCUGUACCUACUGUAACUGUUGGAUCGAUCCGUUUUAAAGUAUUUUCAUUUCUGUCACAACUCUGGAUGUUAUGUAGAAUGCAGAAUAAUUCAGACAGUAGCAAGAAAGUCUGAUAAAGGUUUAAGAAAUACCAUCAAUGAAUCGUAUCACGCUGAAAGUAUAUGAUACACUACUAAUUCAACUGCUGUAUAAAACUCAACACUGAUGUAUUCGUAUGCAUGUGUGUGUGUGUGUGUGUGUGUGUGUAUGUGUGUGUAUGUGUGUGUGUGUGUGUGUGUGUGUGUGUAA